UAACACCAUUUCUCUCUCUUUUUCUCAUCAUCCUCUUCCUUCUGAAUCUCAGAAAGCUAAAACCUUUCUAAACCAUUUCAUAAGCAGAGACAUGGCUCACUCAAUAAUCAGAAAAUCCUUAAAAGCAACGAACCUUAAUCUCCUGUCCUCACUCGCCGUCCACCGAAUCGGUCGGCGCUUCGCCUCCGAGGCCGCCGCCGAGGAAACAACGCAGUCAUCGUCGUCGUUCACGUUCUCGUCGUCGGAGGGAGAUAAUAUAUACGUGAAGGGUCCGGCGGCGAAGUGGAAGUCGUCGUCGGUGACGAUGCCGAUGUCGUUCAUGACUGGGUCGAUUGUGGGGAAGCGGUUCUACAAGGAGGUUACGACGAGAGGAGCUGAUGACGGCAAUGGGUGGACGGUGAUGCUCGAUUACAGAACCCUCAAGACUCCUUCCAAGAGGCCACUCAAGCUUCCCACUCUUCCUCUUGCUAAGGCCAUUGCUGCUGAAUGGGAAUAUCAGCAAAUAGAUGGCAUUAGACCCUUCACAAUGCCUCUAAUGAGACUUGCUUGCACUGCCUUGGAAAGAGUUCCACUCACAAGGACCAAAAUUAUUGACCAAUUGAUGAAGAAAUUUAAUCAAGAUUUAGUAUUUUGUCGUGCUCCGGAUGACAAUGAUCUGACAAGCCAUGUCUAUGAUUGCCAAGUGGAGAAAUAUGAUCCUUUGCUACGCUGGCUAGAGUCAGAAUUCGGCUUUAAGCCUGUUGUAUACUCCAGCUUUUUUGGUGGAAAGCAGGAAGAUGGUCUCGUAAUGGCUGUAGAGAAUGUUCUGAAGAAAACAGAUGACUGCGAAUUGGCAGCAAUUGAUGCUAUUGCAGCAUCAGCACACUCGUUAACUAUUGCUAUUGCAAUGGUGCGUGGGAAAUUGCAAAUUGAGGAAGCAAUUGAGCUUAUUAGGCUUGAAGAAGAUUUGCAGGUGGACAGGUGGGGCCUCGUUGAAGGUGGCCAUGAUCUGGAUAUCGCCGAUCUUAGGGUACAGAUUUCAUCACCAAUUGUAUUUCUUGGUCUAACAAGAAGUACAUAGUUUUGAAGAUCUUGUCUUGUUUAAGUUAUCAUCCCAAGUACUACUAGCUUUCAGACUAGAGUGCGCCCGGAAAUCAUGUGGUUGAUGUAAUAUCCAGAGCUUUCACACUGCAGUAUUCAAGUAUUCUUGGGUAUGCAUAGUUUUGUAGAAUGUGUUUUAUGCUUGAGAAGAGUCUUGUCGAUGAGUUGAAGCAGUGUAAACAAGCCUUCACUAGUGCCUGGUUUUUCCUGAAAUAACAGGUAAAAUUUAUUGUAGAAGCGUUUUCUCAAAUUAUACUAGGAAAUAAGUUGUCGGGUUUUGGUAGGAAGAUGAUGAUGAAAUGCAUGGAUGGUGGGUGAAGAAAGGCAUCUGGGACCUGACUUGAAAUAUUUGAUCAUGAUUGUGAUAUUGAAUUUUGAUAUUAUAAUUGGAAAUUUGUCAUACAACUCGAAUAUAAAUUGCCCUGUUUUUAUGAUUCUAUGUAUGUUCUUAUGAUACAGUAAUGAUACUUA